GGACUUUUUGGCGGAAACGCGAGGAGUGAAGUUGUGUGAUUUGUUUUAUUUUGUCUAUUUAGUGUUUCUUCAGGUUUAAAUGUGUAAUAAUGGUGGUUUAUUAACUGUUUAAUAUCUAUGAAAGUGCACAAAUGUGGGAAAAUGAAACAAAGCUGCUGGACGUAACUUCUCGGGUUCCUCCAAAAAGUCCACUGAAAAAAUCUCAGUAAAUGAUCACCAUUUUACUGAGAUUAUAUUUCAUCCCAUUUCAUUUCAUUUAAUUUCAUCCCAGUUGAUUAAUGUCUCAAAUUAAUCAUCUUCAUUUCAUUUCACUCCAUAUUAUCAUUUUUCAUAAAAAUAUGAAUAUAAAUUAAAAUAAGACAUGACUUAAAGGUCUCAGUUACCAGGUCAUAAAACCACUUAAAAAAAAAGCUUCCCGUCAAAUACUAAGUGUAUUAUCUAUGGCUUCGCGAGAUAGCAUAGACCAUGGAGUUAAUGGACUUUUUGGCGGGAACGCGAGAAGUGAAGUUGUGUGAUUUGUAUUAUUUUGUCUAUUUAGUGUUUCUUCAAGUUUAAAUGCUGUAAUAACGAUGGUUUAUGAACUGUUUAAUAUCUGUAAAAGUGCACAAAUUUGGGAAAAUGAAACGCAGCCGCUGCACGUAACUUCUUGGGAUCCUCCAAAAAGUCCACUGAAAAAAUCUCAGUAAAUGACCACAAUUUUACUAAGAUUAAAUUUCAUCCCAUAUCAUCUCAUCUCAUUCAAUUUAAUUUCAUUCCAGUUGAUUAAUGUCUCAAAUGAAUCAUCUUCAUUUCAUUUCAUUUCAUUUCACUCCUUAAUAUAAUUUUUCACAAAAUAAGAAUUUUAAUAAUAAUAAGACAUGACUUAAAGAUCUUAGUUACCAGGACAUAAAAUCCCUUAAAAAAACCAUGGGGUUAAUAAGUAAAACUAAAAAAAAAAUACACUAACUUAGCAACACUGCUUUUUGUUUGUAAUAUGUGCGUUUUUCCUUACAUCUAUUGAUGUUUAAAAAUAAAUUUUAAAUUACAGACGUCGUUUGGUGGGUAGAGCCCUAAAACAUCCUUGGACCCGCCGCAGUCUGUUCACAACAUCUGCAGGCCGUCAAGUCCAACAUACCGAUUCUAAACAGUUAGAAAGCCGCCCUUAUUUAUACAUUGAAACCUGAAAAAACACUAAAGUAACAAAACAAAUCAAUUUAAACAACUUCACUCCUCGCGUUCCCGCCAAAAAGACUGAUUAGAGGUGAUCGGUUCAUCGUUACUAUGCUUAGCAAACGGACAUUAGCUUCUUCUGAGUUUCGCGACUCGGAGAGCCUGGGCUCGUCAAACGCCACAGUUUCAAUACAAAAGUGAGGCGUAUCGAAAUACGAGCAAUAUUCACAACUCAAGUUUAAGUAUAGCCAGUGGCUUUUAAUAUUCUGCAAUUUUUGUGCCGAUGUCGCGAAGGUCACGGAGAAAUCCUGUAUGGGAGGUGCGAGCUUCAACGUUAGCUCGCAACACACGUAAUUUAAUACGAGAAAUUAUAGAAAAUCUUGAUGUCCAGCCCAACCCUGACAAGCAGCUGAUCGCACUUUCUGUCGGUGAUCCGACGACUUUUGGAAAUUUGAACCCUCCAGAUCAAGUUUUGCAAGCUGUUCGCGAAAGUAUUGAGUGGCACACGAGCAGGGGGUACGGCCCUGCUAAAGGUCACAUAGAAGCCAGGCAGGCGGUUGCUGAAUACAGCGCUCAUCAGGGGCACGUAACCGCUGAAGAUGUAGUGUUGUGUAGUGGUUGUUCACAUGCCAUAGAACUGGCCGUUUCAGUUUUAGCAGAUUCCGGGCAAAACGUUUUGGUUCCUCGACCAGGGUUUAUGAUCUACAAGACGUUGGCAGAAGGUCUAGGAAUAGAUAUCAAAUAUUACAAUUUACUGUCUGAUCAACAAUGGAGGGUCGAUUUAGAUGAUUUGGAAAAUCAAAUAGAUGAUGACACAGCCGCUAUAAUUGUGAUUAACCCAUCGAAUCCUUGUGGAUCCGUGUACAGCAGGGAGCAUUUACAAGAUAUACUAGAAGUAGCAUCAAGGAACCGAUUACCGAUAAUAGCUGACGAAAUAUACGAGCAUUUCGUUUUCUCUGAUCAUGAGUUUAUCUCUAUGUCGGCACUGUCUAAAGAUGUUCCUAUACUAACGUGCAGCGGCCUUACAAAGAGAUUUUUAGUACCCGGUUGGCGCAUGGGUUGGAUUGUCAUACAUGAUAGGAACGACAUAUUCGGAAAGGAAGUGAGGAAAGGACUAAACAAUUUGGCAACACGAAUUCUAGGUCCAAGUACUUUGAUUCAACGAGCUUUACCGACGAUAUUGAAAAAUACACCUCAAAGUUUUUUCGAUGAAGUCGUAUUAUUUAUAGAGAACCAAGCAAAAUUGGCUUACAAGGAAUUAGUACUCGCGCCAGGAUUACGCCCAAUAAUGCCUCAAGGUGCCAUGUACAUGAUGAUCGAAAUAAAAACAAACAAGUUUCCGGAAUUCAAAAACGAACUUCAAUUUGUGGAGAGGUUGAUGUCCGAACAAUCGGUAUUCUGUUUACCUGGACAGUGCUUUGAAUUUCCCAACUACAUGAGGAUCGUCUUGACGGUACCAGAAGAGAUUUUACGAGAAGCAUGUCGUAGGAUAAUAAUAUUUUGUCAAGAGCAUGUAGUUUCAAGAGAAAAAAUUCUGGAAAUUGAUGAAAAUGUCGUUGUUUCGAGCGAAGCUGAGAUAAUACGAAAGAAAAGCUUAACGACAGUGACCUAAGCCUACACAUUGUAAUAAUAUUCAAUACAUAUUUUGUGAUAAUGAAACUUGUAAGCAGUAACAAACACAUCUUACUUAAAAAUCGUAAUGACUUGUAGGUCGAAAUUCAUUUCUUACUAGCGACCUGCCCUCGCUUCGCUUCGCUAUCAAUGGCGGAUCCAGGGGGAGGGUCAUGGGGGUCAUGACCACCCCCUGAGCUGGGUCCAGGACUUAGGUGGACCACUAAUUGAAUAUAAUGAUUUUAUUUAUAUAUUUUGUCACCAUACAGAUUUUAUGUAACUACAUACCUUCAAUAUUUAAUUAAUUUAAUAUAAUAUAAUAAUUUUGUAUAAUGGCAAACGUUUGGGAACGAACGCAUCUAAAUUUGACUAUGUGACUCCCUCCUGGCGCCAAAGCUGGAUCUGCCCUUGUUCGCUAUCAUUUAUUAUUGAUUUUAUUAAAUUUUCUUUUAUACAAAUCUGAACCUGAGAAAAUGAUGUAAUAUAGGAUAUUGUAUAGCGGAUUGUUUUUAGUACCACUAUUAAGUUCUACCACGUAGCUCUCAAAACACAUUGUCAGCACUGCCAUUCCCCUAUCCCCUAUAUAUUGCCUAGUCACUUCUGGCUGCUUCUGGCAAUUCGUAGAGUUACAAAUGUACUUUACGCCCUUUCAAUUGAUACACCGUUUCAAUUGAAGCCCACCAACGUAUUUUGCAACAGACAGGUGUUGGUAAAAGUUCAUUGUUUUUCAAUAUACUAACCUUGAACGUUGAAUAAAAUUUGCUUUUAAAGCUUCAAAUGACGUCAUUUGAAAGCAAUAAUAAUUAUUGUAUUGCUGGAUACGAGUCAAAAAAUGCUUAGAAUCUGGUUUAUUUCCAAUGAAUGUCCCGUUUCCAAAGCAAUGAAUGUGGCUCCGGUGGCGGUACCAAUUGCGUCAAUUUGACUUGACCGCUCGUACAACACUAUCCAGGAGCUUUAUUUUUAUACUUAAAUGCCUUGAAAUAUUGGCACACAACAUUUAUUGGUCCAAUAGCAACCGGUUUGUGAACUGUGAAAUUCAGUUUUUUUACAUCCUCGUAUUUUAUCAGUAACCUUCUCCUGGCAGUAAGAAACACAACAAAAAAAGAAUUUGCGCAAUCGGUCCAGCCAUUCGGGCGUGAUGUCAUGACCAAGAGAAAUAAGGAUUCAUUUUUAUAUAUACAUAUAUAGAUUUGUUGGUUAAAGAAUUUGAAUAAGAAAUUAUUAGAACAGUGAAAUUAGGCUCAAUAAAUAAGUAGUUUUUUUUUUAAUUUGACGUAAUGUCACAUUUACCACUGCUCUAGUUGGGAACAAAUAAAUCAAAGAAUAGUUUAUUGUACAUAAUAAAAGUCUGGUAAAUCAUCUAACUACAUACUCGUCCAUUGUAAAAGAGAUCUGCAGAAUCUUUGACCAUGGCAUAAAUAUAGAACUUCUAUUCAAGAAGCUAUGGUAAUUUUUAAAUGUGUAGUUUGGUACUGUAGUUAUUUUUUCGAAUUAUCGAGAUCACAGCAUUGUGGUUUUAUUGUUCAGACUUCAGAUUAGCUGCUCAAAAAUAAUGGUUCGGAAAUUAUUACGUUUUACUGUGUUCUGUGAGGGCCAUUUUUUUUUAUUCGAAAUAUAUUUUAAAAUUUUGACUUUUGUUAAUAAAAAAGUGUUUUUAAAACUGA